AUGACUGGAUCUUGCCUGGCUUGGCUACCACCUCGAGCAGGGUGGGCAAUCCCCUUGUUGUCUCCGAGAGCCUGCCUAUGCGCAUUAGCGAGCUUGAAGCGCCAAACGAUCUUUGGUCGUUUCCGCCUUGGAUCUAUUACCCUCUCUCUUCUCAUCAAAACCGUCUUCACCUCGGUCGAAAGGCUGCAAUCACGCAUCCAAGCAUCCGAGCCUCGAGAUAGCCGAAGGAAUUUUCCUGACGCACGGCGCAAGGUCCUUUCGCCGAUUCGAGCCUUCUUCGUGUCCCACGCUCAUUGUGUUUGCCAUCCUCCGGCCAAUCCAGUCUUAUAUUCGUCAACUAUUUCGCUUCCUUAG